GGGAGAGGACAGGCUAGGUGUGCCACACACUAAGUCCCCUCCCUUUUCUACUUGGCCCCUGGUUUUCAGUCCCUUGCCUCUCCCCAGCACUAAUAUUGGUCAGGAUGCUUUAGGAAAGUCAUGGAAAAACUCACUUGAGUUUUGAAUUGUGUCUGGCUGGGGUCCCUAGAGCUUUGCAUCCCUCCAUGCCCUGGUUAGCAUGAAGUGACAAGCCAGCUACCUCACUCUCCUGGGGGACAGCAAGGAGACUGAGCCCAGCCAUGCUGCUAGGAGAAAAGGGGACAGUGCCCCUGAAAGGUGGGGCUCUCAUCCUGACAUGGGGCCAAGAGUGGGUUCAGACUCUGGCAGUGGGAAGGUGGAAGCUUUGGUAGCCAGAGCAGUGUUCACUUAGGCUGUGUGAUCCCGAAUCCUGUUAUGCAGCCACUAUUAUCAGAUGCCAUAGGAAGGGGGUGGCAGGAAACCCAUGCUGUGGAGAGGUGGUGAUUGUGGUGGUAGGUGGUCUUUCCUGAGGCAUGCCAGAGGAAAAUGAAAUCUGUGGCCCUGGGAGCCCUGGGGCUCUUGGGACAUGAGGUUGGGCAGAGUCUGCUUAUUCUGGGAUCAGUGGGAGAAGCUGGGCAACCAGCACCAGGGUUGGGUCCUCUCUGUGUCUUCCUUUCCCCUGUGGUUCGGCACUGCUGGUACCAUGCACUUGUGAAGCUCUGAGCAAAGAUUAACUUGCAGAUCUUCGUGACUCCCCUGUGAGGUGUUAUUUUAGGAUCUAAACCAGUUGCCUGUGUCUUUUAUGAGGACGAGAGUGAAGGGGAGAGGAAAGAAAAUGAAGAUUUUAACUUGCAGUCACUAAAAUGUAGAGCAAAGUCCUUGCUCUGCCCUGGAGCCAUGCAACUCUUCUCUCAGGGAAGGGAGAACUGGCAUACCCAGGGCUCCAUAUGAAAGCUCCCAAGUGGCAUCCCCUCCAGGGGAUGCUGCCUGAGCAUCCUGGCACAGCCAGUCCCUUGGGAGAGUGCUUGCCCUGCAGGCAAACAAAGUGGGAUUCUUGUUGAGCUGAUGAGAAGACAAGUCCCAAAACAAGUUCCCAUUCACCCUGUUAUGGAUUUGGAGAUUUGAAUUUGCAUCUUUGCUGGGGAAAAGCAGUGCUUGAGUAUUCAGGGCAAACACUAUGUGUGAGGCACUGUGACUCAGGGCUUGAAACUUCCUCAUCUCCCUGCUGGCACUGGGAACCAGCCCCAGCCCUAUGGCCUUAGCUGAAGGGGUUUAAAAGCAGCCCCUCCACCUUGGGUAGUCAGGCUGUGCUCCCAGCUUAGCCCUUGGUGCCCUCCCAAAUAAUCAUGUCCCCCAGCACUUCCCUGGGCCAUCCGUGCUCUCAACCACAGGGAAAGGGAGGCAAAGGGAGGUUGCUGGGAGGCAGACUGGCACUGCCCAGCUAGCCAAGCAGCAGCAGCACUGUCUCCCCUGCUCUCAGGCUUCUUCCAGGCUCUCUCUUUAUCCAGCUUCUCUCCCCUGAGACUUUGAAAAUGCAGCCUUAACUUGUUCUGGAUAUUGGUGAGAAGUGGGGCAGAAGGCUCCAAGGCAAACAUAAAUGACCCUCUCUGCCCUGCACACCCCAGCGCACCUUCUUUUUACCUCCUAGGUGGGUGGCUGCCUGCUUGGAGGAAUGAGUCACAGGUUAGGUAACAGGCAUAAUGCAAUUAGCAGCCCUGGACACCAAUUACCUGUACAAAGCUGUAACAGCCUUGUGCAAACCCCUGUAAAGAGUCACUGAGAGCAAGAUUUCUCUCUCCAGGGAGGGGAUUAUUGAGGUGACACCUGUGUCACCCUGGGAAGUCACUUGCCUUGUCCGCAGUGGGCCCCUUCCCCAGCAGUUUCCUGGCACCAUGCUCUGUAUGAGGUAGCUUUAAAUUGUAUUUGUAAUGUCUUCUGGGGCCAUCACUAAGGAGCCUGUGCUCGGCUUGAGCCUCCCAAAUGAUCUCCUAAGCCAGAGCCAGGAGGUGCUGCAAGAUGCCUUGGAGCUAUAGAAGCUUCCUUUACAGGUGCCUGAGGCUGCUGGCAUGUGGCUGCAGCACUCAAGGACAUUAAUUUCUGGUUCAGGAGCACUGGCCAGCCCUGUGAGCAAUCCCAGUCACACCAAGUUCACAUCCCUGCAGUAAUGUAGGGCCUGAAGGUGAAUGACUCCCCCGUGCCCCAAAUCAGUGUAAGAAAGCAUCAGUAUUCAAAGGGAUCUAAAAAUAAAACCUGCACAGACUCUCCAAAGGGAUAGGGGAGAUGCUCUGGAGAAGUUCUUGCUUCAGGGGAAGGCAGGAGUCUUUGAGACUUAGAGAAAUACAGGGGAGGAGGGUAGAGAAGUGGAUUCAGUGGUUUCUUCCUUACAAAAGUAACAAGUUGUAGCCAGGGACAGGGGCAGAGUGAAAGUGUGUCUGAGAUGUGGAGAAACUGAGCACAUGGGCCUAUCCCUGCAGGGAGGUCUUCCCUGUGUGCCUGGGAAGUGUCUGUGGCUGGACACAUGGUGGGAGUGUGGAACAGAGGGAGCCUGGCUGGCUGCCCUGCUCCUCUUUUUUUAAGGCCCUGUGAUCUGGCAUGUGCAUGGGGCGGGGUGUCCUUUUCCACAUGGAGCUAUUCCACACCCCUGCCAAUUCUGGGCCCCAACUUACUACUUUUUAUUUUUAUUUUUUUGGUAUGCUGAGAUUGGAUGCCCACAGCUUGUUAGGUCCCUGAGGAGGCGCUCUGAUUUCAGCACUUAUGUAGAGCACUACCAUCCUGCUGUCCCCACGCUUGCUGCACAGGGAAGCUGAGAUGGGGGUAUGGAUAUCAUCUCCCCUCCUGGCUGAUCAUCUCUCUGUAUCCCUCUGGCUAUUCUGUGAAGUGGCUUACAGCUAGUAGUGAAGGGGACUGCAUGGUCACCUACCCCAUAUCUAACUGAACCAGCAAAAGCAUGCAGCAAUCUUGGUGCUGACCCCUAAAUUUCCCUUCCAUGGUAGUCUUUGUCCUUGGGAGGGGCUCUCACACCUUUUGAGGGUCUCUGAUAUCCUUAUCCCUUGCUGGCAACUAGAGGGCUGGAAAUGAAGGUGGCUCAGGGGGGAUCAGUGGUGAAGGAGGGGGGUGAAGAAGGAACUGGAGGUGUCACUUUGCUGCUGUGCCUGCAGGUUCUCUGUGGUUUUCCAAAGAGAGGACAUCCCCUUUCCUUGCCCAGGGAAAGGGAAGCCACGUCUUGGACAGCAGGAAAGCCACAAGGGACAAGUUGCUGAGCUCAGCCCUGCUGCAGGGGGCAAGGACCUGGGUGGGAUGUAAACUCAGCAGUGACACUGCACACCCUCUCCCCCUGUGUUCCCCAGAAGUGCUCAAGGCCAGGUUGGAUGGGGCUCUGAGCAACCUGGUCUAGUGGAAGGUGUCCCUUCACGUGGCUGUGGGCUUGGAACUGGAUGAUCUUUAAAGUUCCUUCCAACCCAAGUCAUUCUGUGAUUCUACAACUGAAAGGGACGCAGUAAGCCCUUCUUCAUGUUUUUGGUUGCUGGUGUACCUCUUCCUGUGAAUGUCACUGGUUCUGCAGCCAUCUGGGCAGCAGAAUGUCCUUGGACAUCCUGGUGGGGAUGUGAGAUGGGGCAGAGGCUGGGGGUUGCAAGACUGGAGGCAGAGGAAAAGGAACUUUCCAGAGCAGAGUCAUGGUUUAGGCAGAUGGCUGUCAGAAGUGGGGGUCACACUCCAGCUUGAGAUUCUGGGGUACGGUGGCAGGGGGACAGCAGGGAACCCAUAACCCUGCUUUUGGGAGACAAGCUGGGACUAAAAGGCAGGGGCAGAAAUUCAGACCUGUGUCCAUAGGAAAAGUCUGGGGUUGAGGGAAUUCCUGGGGAAAAAUAGUUCUUCGCAGGAACAACAGAGGACCCUACACCUUAACUUCACCAGAGCCCACAUCAGUGUCACUGACCCCUCCUCUCUCAAGAACACCGGAAUGAGCUGCAGAGAUCGGGCUGAAAUGUCACAGAGAAACGGGGAAGUCAGCCAAGCAACAGCACCCAGCCUGGGACACUCAGCCUCUCCAUCGGGAGCAGGGAUGCUCGCUUUCCUCUUGGCAAGCUGUGCCAGCCACGUGCCGUCUCCUCGGAGUAUUUUCCAGUCGUGUGUCCCUGCCUCGCUGGGUCAGUGAGCCCUCCGUAGUCUGUGAAAAUCCCCCCUGCCUCGCCGAGAUCCUUCAGGUCUGCUGACUUUGGCUUCCUGGUCUCUGCCCACCCUGUUCCUUGACCACAUCCUGUUCAGACCUUGCUCUUGACUAAUCCUGCCCCUUCCGAGGCUUCGAGAAGAGCAGACAGCGUCACGUGGAGGUGCAGGCAGAGUUUGUCCCUGUUCAAUAGGAUCCCGCCUGCGGCGGGAUCCAUUUGGGAGCCAUGGGCCGUUGGCUUAUCCGCGGUGUCUCUGGAGCCGCAGUCUUCCUUGUCAGUGUGGCUCUCCUCUCCAUGCGGCACCGUGGGGCUCGGGAAGCGGCUCAGUACCCAGGGAUCGGGGAGGGGGUGCUGGAGAAGCCAGAGCAGCAGAGCAAAGGGAGCCCAGAGGGAGCUGGUGGCAGGGACCUCGAACUCCAUUCUCCGGAGGUAUACAGGCCUGAGGGAAGCCUGACGCUUGGGGACAUUUUCAUAGCUGUGAAAACAACCAAGAGGUUUCACCAGAGCAGGAUGGAGCUGCUCCUGGACACGUGGAUAUCCCAGGCCAGCCAACAGACCUACAUCUUCACUGAUGAAGAAGAUGGUGCCUUGAAAAGGAGAACGGGUGGCCAUGUGAUCUUCACCAACUGCUCUGCUGAGCACAGCCACCAGGCCCUGUCCUGCAAGAUGGCUGCAGAGUUUGACGCCUUCCUGGCCAGUGGCCUGAGCUGGUUUUGCCACUUGGAUGAUGACAACUACCUGAACCCUCGGGCGCUCCUGAAGGUCUUGUCCUCCUACACGGAGACGUGGGAUGUUUACUUGGGCAAACCCAGUCUGAACCGACCCAUGCAGGCCUCAGAAAUGCUGCCGAACAACCAGACGAAAUCCGUGCGCUUCUGGUUUGCCACCGGAGGGGCUGGGUUCUGCAUCAGCCGCAAGCUGGCAAGGAAGAUGGUGCCCUGGGCUAGUGGCAGGAACUUUCUGAGCACCUCCGAGCUCAUCCGCUUGCCAGAUGACUGCACUGUGGGUUACAUCAUCGAGUGCAAAGUCGGUGGGCAGCUGAUUCCCAGUACACUCUUCCACUCCCACCUGGAGAACCUGCAGCUCAUCCCCACCUCUCAGCUCAUGCAGCAGGUCACCCUCAGCUAUGGCAUGUUUGAGAACAAACUCAAUGUCAUUGAGCUCAGUGGCCCCUUCUCGCCCCAGGAGGAUCCCUCAAGCAGGUUUCGAUCACUCCACUGCCGCCUCUAUCCAGACACCUCCUGGUGCCUGCAGGCUGUUGGCUGGUGAUGCCUGAGCCUCAGCUACAGCAGAUCCAGGUGACACCUGUUCACCUGUAGGGAGUGGGACAUUGAAGAAGCUUGGUGCUCUCAAUUUCACCUUCACUGUGGUGGUCUUGGGGCUAUGGGAUGGCUUUCUUGGUCCUGACUCAAUACUGGUGACACGGGACAAGAGACAAGGUCUGAUCCAAAGAUGCAUAAGAUGGGCUGGACACGUGAAUGAGCUUCUCAUCUGUGCUGGGAUAUGUGCAAGAGACGGGAGCAGUAUGCCUUCUCAGCAGAUCAAAGAUCGGAUAGUGACUGCUGGGCACUUGGGUAGAGAUGAGGACUUGCUGCUGCUGCUCUGUGCUCUGGCUGCAUCUUGCUGGACUAGAAGGGCCCUGUAUGUGUAUACCUGGUGCCCAGCUCCUGGUGGUGGCUCUCUGAGCAGGACUUCUUCCACCAUAUCUGUGCUUUUCCUACUGCCUACAGACCUGCUGAGUCUCUGCAUAGUCAAAGUCUAUAGAAAUGGAAAAUGUGACCAUUUCUGUGCUGAAUGAAUCCUGAAAAAGCAUAGUCCUUGCUCAACAGAGGGGAGAUGGGCAGGAAGUACAAAGAAUCAGGAAUCCCCUGCUCUUCUGGGACAAAAGAGAGGGCAUGGGGUAAGGGAGCCAGGAGGAAACUGACUGAGGUGGGGAUGGUUCCUGCAUUGAAUGUUGAAGGUUUGAUCUUGUAUGGUGCUGCAUUAUUCUCCUCCUUUAACCUUCUAGAUGUGCGAUCAGGAUAAUCUCUUGCUCUAAUUACCAACCUGUCGUCUGAGAUUAGACUCCAGCUCCUAUCUUCGAGAAGAGACAUAAAGGAUUAGAACUGACUGAAAGAGAAGAGAAAGGAAGAGAAGGAGAAGGAGCACUCAGGAGUGGAUUAGAGGUUACAGCUUUAUAAUCUUUUCUGUCCCCAGCUAAAAAAAUCAAGUCAUGAAGUAACGGAAACAGCAAGGCAAAGAUAUUUUUAUUUCUGUAGGUCUUUCCUCCAGAUGCUAAUAGCAGCUUUCUGCCUUCCUGCUCUCCCUGCUGAAUGCAAGAGGGGGAGCCACUGUUUGGGUCCAACAGUGGAUCCAAAUAAGUUACAAGCUUUCUGGCAUGUUUGUGAAGGCUCCUUUUCUCAAUACAGUGCCCAGUGUGAAAGCUGGGCAAUGAUCCUUGCUGGGGAAUGAACUUUGGCAUCAUUUUGUCCUUGCACCCACAGUUAAGUGGCUGGGGGAGGGUUUUGCAGGAAAAGCUGGAAGGCAAAGAGGCAGGUGGUGCCACAAAAAGGUAUUUUUCUUUAAAGAGCAUUUCAAAACAGACUGCUAGGAUCUGUGAGAGAUCCUGUAAUCUCCAGAUGAAAGGACAAAUGCCCUUCCUCUAAAGAGCUGCUCAGCUUUGAUGCUGCUGAUGUGACUAAGCCUGCUGCUGGUGGGCUGGAAAGCCAAAGGCGACUGUCACUGUGGCUUUGCUGUUUUGAAAACUGGCCACUCUGUCACCUCCUUCCACCCCCACGCACCAGCAUCUCCUACACAACGCACACAAAGUUUAAAGGAAAGGCGUCAGAAAGACCUUCCACCUCUGCAAACGGAGACCUAGAAAGGAACAAGCACUUUAAUUUCUGGAUAAAACAGAAGGCAGGAGCCUGUAGAGCUGUUUUCCAACCUGAUCAUUCUUACUGGUGUUUAGUCAGCUUGUGUAGCAGCACACAGCCUUGCUUUCUUCUGUUGCACAACAGGCCUUUGAAGUAGAAGUUCAUCCUGAGCAGGCACAGGAGCGAGCUAAUGCCAGUGACCAUUCCUUUAGUUGUGGAAAGCCCUUGGCUCAUGUGGCUAUGCCAGCCAAGAAUCCAUGUGGCACAAAACAGACACAGCUAUUGAAAGAGGGAUGCAGCAUCAAGAAGUCCUUCCCCACAGGACUAGUGGUUGGGUUUGAACACAACCAGAAGAUGAAAUACGGUUUUGUGAGAAGGAAUGAGUCUUCAAGAGAAACCUACACUAUUUGGAUAUAUCAUUUUUUCCCAUUCAGAUUUUCAGCUGAUGUUAAUAGAGACUUUGAGUUAAAAAGUUAGUCCUGUCUGUAGAUGUCCUGGUGACAAUCAGAGCAAAAUGCAAUUCAUGUGUGGGAACUGGUACAGCAGCUUCACUUCCCUGGGGUAAAAGCAAAGCAGAGAAACUGAAAGCUUGCUUUGGAUCCUGGCUUCAGCUGGUCUGAAUUGACCUGGUGCUUUUUGCAUGGCUGAAGAUCAGAUGUUUAAUGGGUUGAAUCCUUGAGUGGCUGCAUGGGGACCCGUUUAAGACUGGGUUUUGUUGCUGGAACAGUUAAGUGCUACUUUUGUGGAAAAUAUCUUGUCUCAUAAGGAAACAGAACAAAUGAGAAGAUGUCUGGGGCAGGGCAUCUCUUGGGCUGUAGAGAAAUGAAUGACAGAAAAGUCCUGCUAUGCCUGUGAUGACAAUACGCUGGAAAGAAAAUAGCUUCUGAGUCGACAAAAGAAACCAGGUUUUCUCUAAGAACAGAGAGACAGCUUAAUGGGACAUUCACCACAUGAAGUCUGAUCAACGUUAAAACAUGAGUUAAAAUUAGUUUCAGGAAUGGUUCCUGCCCCCAGGGCUUGCUGUCAGAUGUUGUGGUUUUACAGUCUCAUUUUCCUAGUUUAUUAAAAUGUUUAGCUGCUUGGGAAAAUGAGAAACAAUCUCAUGUGAAACUUUUCAGGGGGCUGUCUUUUUUUAUUCUCUUUUUCUUGAUGUAACAAAGAUUUUGGAAAGGUUCCGCUGGGUCUAUUAAAUUUGUAUUUUCUUCUUUUUUUUUUUUUUUUUUUUUUUUUUUUUUUUUUUUUUUUUUU